GUGUAUGUGUUUAUUAGUAGGCGCGCGUGUGUGUGCGUGUAGGCGGGUGUAGGCGGGUGUGGCUGUUGUCUAGGAAUAAAACGGCGAUGCUCGGAUAUUUCAGCUCAUUUCAGAGCUACAGGAAGAAGGAAAUACCAGAUGAAAACACAUCUUAGAUAGCAGUUACAUGACCCGCAGGUGUCAAUGGACUGGACCGUUGUCAUUGUUUUACAAGUCAUAUUUCAGCCAUCUCUCUCAGACUUGUUCACUGUUGAGGCAGAGCAACCCAAGUACAUGUCAGAGUUUGGAGGAGAUGUUGUGAUGAGGUGCAGCUUUCAUCCUGUACCAUCAGAUACUGUUACAGGACUGAGUGUUAACUGGCGUUGGAUGAAACCUAAUGAUCAUGAAACGGUUCGGGAAGUGUAUGCAAUGGAUAACGGGAAGGAGCGCUUAUCCUCCCAGAAUGUGGACUUUCAUGGCAGAGUCAAGCUUAAUACAGAGGAGCUGCGGAAGGGCUGGGCUGAGUUACAGGUGUCCAGGCUCAGGAUAAAUGACUCAGGGACCUACCAGUGUUUGGUGAAGACAGGGAAAGGGACUGAUUAUAAAAUUACAACUUUGUCUGUUAUGGCACCUUAUAAAGAAGUGACUAAACACAUUCAGGAGACUGCCAAGGGGGAUGAGGUGCUGCUAACCUGCCGGUCUGAAGGAUACCCCAAAUCCUUGGUUGUGUGGCAGGAUGGACACCUGCAAAAUCUCAAAUCCAACACCACCUCUGUGUCAACACCAGACCAGCUUAUUCAAGUCACCAGUCAGAUACGUGUCAAUUCAUCGGACAAAAACAACUACACCUGUAGCUUCAAAAAUGGUGGCUACUCUGCAACAUUUCAUAUUCCAGAUGACAUACCACUCCAACAUGUAAAAAAUGAUGGUCUCAUUGUUGCCUUGAGCAUAAUCGUAAUUGUGGUUGUCAUUGUUGCCGUAGUGUUCGCUUACAAACGACAAAAAGGGUCCAGCACCCAAGGCACCGUGAACUUGACGGUGGUCGAAUGUGAGGACAGGUCUGUUUCUGAUGCUGCCUGCCAACAAAGAAGGAACGGAAAUGAAUACAACAAAAUAACAAUUUUUAGUGAAGCAAUGGACAGCCCGUGACUCUUCAAGACUUAUUCCCAGAAGCUGGAGAGAUGCUUUUUCUUGAGGGACCCCCAGGAAGCAUGAAGACAACAAUAGCCCACAUCCUGAUCUCUUCUUGAGCUAAGGGCCCCACAGAUGCCCUCUCUAACCUCUUCGAUCUCAGCAUGCUUCACCUUCUCCUGUAUGUGGACUGUAGCACAGUGAAGGCUGAUUUGUUUCAAGAAAUAAAGUCUCAACUUUCUCUCGGGGAAAAGGAUCAACGGAGGAUGAGCUGAGGACUGAGUUGACCAGGUCCAGAGACGCUCUACUGUUGUUGGAUGGGUACAGAGAAGGGAACCAAUUUUUCGAUGAGUCCAUGAAGAAAUUUCUAUGUGAAAGAGGACGAUGAAGGGUGUUGGUCAUGGCCUGCCCUGAACACUGCCCCACAUUCAGGGCGACCGUUGGGACAGGAGAGCUGCUGAAGCUCCAAAUACAAACUGUGAAGUACUGAGGUCACAAAAGUUUGCCACCAACAAAGACAGAGCACAGAUUUACAUUUGUAUGAUGUUGAUAUUUUUGUGAUUUGUUGCACUUGAAAGCAUUUUAUUUUUUGUAUAAGCCCAAAUAUGCUGCAAAAUGUGUUGGAUUCAUGAUAAUAUUUGUACAACAAAUGCAAUAAAUAUUUCUUUGGUAUUUCA